AUGACUGUCGACGAACACGAAGGUCCCCUCUUUGAAAUUAAGCAAACAGCCUGGGGAGGUAGAGCAUGCUUUGCUAAAGAAGAUAUACCGAAAGGUACGAGAGUGCUGGAAAUUGACGACUAUACAGGAUCAUGUGUGUCCUACGAAUUCAGGAAAGAAGUUUGUUGUUAUUGUUAUGCAUACUCAUACGGUAAAACAAUGAAAUUCAAGCUGGAUAAAACUUCAGUUGAGUCGUUAAUUCAGAUGAGUAAUCGCAAGAUUGAUAUAAAUAUGAAAAAAUUCCAAGGUGCUGGACUUUGGUUCUGUAGUGAGGAAUGCUGUGGUGAAUUUUUACAUCUGCCGAAUAUUAUAGACCUAAUAGAAAGUUAUGAGAUUUUGCUAACCUCAUUUCAUUCUAUGCUUAAAAGACACAAUUCUGAUGAUGAUAAGGAAGCUGAACUUAACUCGGUCACUAUAUCUAAAGAAAUUAUCGAUUCUCAAUGGGAUAAAAUCACAAAAUCAUGGAUUCUCUCUAUUGAAAAGAUAAAGUCCAGUAAACGGUUGAAUAAAUUACCGGUAAUAUCAGAGGACGAGUACUCAUGCUGCAGAUUUGUCUGUAGCUCACUGUAUAGACUUAGUAACUUUUCUGAAGACUCCUUGACUAUGAAAAGUUUUCAGCAUCUUCAAUCCAAUGAAUUAGAAAAGAUUUCUAAAUUUCCAAUUCUUUUACAUUUUCAAGAAUCAGUUUUCAACACUCUGUAUAUUUUACUGCCGAAUAAUUUGAAAUGCCAUUUGAGCACGGACAGUUUCAGGCAUAUUUUGGGUUCUGAGUAUGCAAACUCCUUUGGCCUCUGGCAGGAGGACGAAUCUCUUGAAAGUAGAGAAUGCUAUGGUUACUGGGUGCUCCCAAGGGCGUCAUAUUUCAACCAUUCAUGUGAUCCCAAUAUCACAAAAACUCGGAAUGGGCGUAUAAUGGAUUUCAUUCUCAAUAGAGAUGUCAAAGUGGGGGAAGAAUUGUCUAUAAAUUAUGCAGGAACUCUGAAUCUUCCUCUUACUGAGCGCCGUGAAUUUAUGAGAAAUGGCUGGUUUUUCGAUUGUGGCUGCCAAAAGUGCCUAAAAGAGUUGAGCGACGGCUGA